GGGAAGUAGUCCUGCGUUUGAAGUUGACUGAAGCUGAGGAAAGUCUUCCUUUUUUUUUUUUUAUUUAACCUUGACUUAAGCUCAACAGGGUGAAGGAUGAAUGGCCUCUCUCUCAGCGAGCUCUGCUGCCUCUUCUGCUGCCCGCCAUGUCCCGGCCGCAUCGCAGCCAAGCUCGCCUUCCUGCCCCCUGAGCCCACGUACGCCUUCCUUCCAGACACAGAGGCUGGCCCACCACCAGCAGCACCAGCAGCAGCAGCAGCAGCAGCAGCAGCAGCAUCAUCAGCAGGGGCGACGGGGACAUCCAGCCUGCGGGCGCGGACCGGCGCAUCAGUCUCUGGGAGCGGAGGAGCCGCUGCCGUGGAGGGCAGAUGGAAGCUCCACCUGACGGAGCGAGCCGAGUUCCAGUACGCUCAGAGAGAGCUGGACACGACGGAGGUGUUCCUGACGCGAUCCAGCCGAGGCAACAGAGUCGCCUGCAUGUACAUUCGCUGUGUUCCCAACGCCAGGUUUACGUUGCUCUUCUCCCACGGUAACGCGGUCGACCUGGGCCAGAUGAGCAGCUUCUACAUCGGCCUCGGCACUCGCAUCAACUGCAACAUCUUCUCCUACGACUACUCAGGCUACGGCGCCAGCACCGGCAAGCCCUCUGAGAAGAACCUCUACGCAGACAUAGACGCCGCCUGGCAUGCCCUGCGCACACGGUAUGGCAUCAGCCCGGAGAACAUCAUCCUGUACGGACAGAGCAUCGGUACCGUUCCCACUGUGGACCUGGCGUCGCGGUACGAGUGUGCCGCCGUGGUUCUUCACUCCCCUCUGACGUCUGGAAUGAGAGUGGCCUUUCCUGACACCAAGAAAACGUAUUGCUUCGACGCGUUCCCCAACAUUGAGAAAGUGUCCAAAAUCGUGUCCCCGGUGCUCAUCAUCCACGGGACGGAGGACGAGGUCAUCGACUUCUCCCACGGCCUGGCUCUGUUCGAGCGCUGCCCCAAAGCCGUGGAGCCUCUGUGGGUGGAGGGGGCGGGGCACAACGACAUUGAACUGUACAGCCAGUACCUGGAGCGCCUGCGCCGCUUCAUAGGACAGGAGUUGGCCGUGCAGCACGCCUGACCGCCGCGAUCAUCAUCAUCAUCAUCAUCAUCAUCAUCAUCAUCACCACCAUUAGUCCAAGAGUCAUCUAAACCGUCCCUCAGCUCUCCACGGCUGUAAUGCUCCACGUACUGUAGUGCUUUGUUUCCUGAUGGUGCGUGGAUCGAUGCGUCACAGCGAGAACAAGUGCGUUCAUAAACAGUAGAAGUGUGCGAGCGUGAAAGACUUUGUCACAAACUGCAUUUCGACUGUUUUUUUUUUGGUUUUGUUUUUGUUAGCAGUUUCUUUAGUACUACAUCUAUUCCUACACUGUGCAAUAAUAUGGACAUGAGGAAGAAAAAAAAAAAAAAAAAAAAAAAGCCUUUAAAUGAUUAAAAGGAGAUUUAACAGAACAACAAACUGAUAAAUAAUCAUGUCGAUCAAUUACAUUGUGGUCCACAUGGAAAAUCUAUUUUUUUCCAGCCUACACAUAGAGUUUUUGUGUGAUUUUUACUGUUAACCCGAGUUAAAUGGAUAAUGGUGACGCGUUGGAACCACUAAAGACACACUUAACACCUAUUUGAAUUGCAAACAGGUUUAUAACUAAGUUUUCUACAGUUUCUAUUAGUAACAGCUGUAGCAUCUAAUGCAAUCCAAUCUAAAGCCUGACAAUAAAUCCUGUUUAGCAGGUUUAUUUAACUAUAUUGUCAUUUUGUAGUCAUUAGUUGUGUGGCGUUGGACUGCAUUAUGUUGAACGGUGUUCCUAGUAUCUUAUUGCCUCAUGUAUGUACUGAUCCAUACAUGCUCAGAGAUGAAUUUGAGUUCAGCGCUUUAAUUCAGUUUUUUCACAGUACUGAACAUUUUGCUCAGGUAACCCUGUGUUAGACAUUAGGGUCAUUGUGUUCAACAUUUGUUUGUGUCGUUUUUUGUUUUUUAUGCAGUCGGCGAAAUCUCUUCACAUACUUUAAAAAGGAAAAGAUAUCUGGGAACAAGUUCAUGCAGUGUAUGCGAGGUCUGUUUUUAAUCUGCAAGUAAUGAAGCGAAAUUAUGAUCCCAAAGCUGAGGUACAGACGGUUAACUUUUUCCAUAACCUCUUUUCUACACAACAUCCGUAUCAAAAUAACAGAGUAGGACUGGCUGUGAUAAAGAAGUUCAAGAGCCUCAAAUAGAAAAAAAAAUAAAAAAUACCUCCAGC